CCAGAUAAAAUAAUUUUUAGACUGCAGUUUAUUUGUUUAUAUUUGUAAAAUGGACGAAAUACUGGACGAUCUUAAGUUUUUCAACACAACUACUGAUAGUCGCAAAGACAGCGAGACUUCGGACACAGCAGAGGGCACCGCCAACGAUACGGAGACUGAUACCGAUGCCAAAGACAAGAAAAGCAAUACGGAAGGUGAUGGUGAUGGUGCGGAGCCUUGCCCAAAAAAAAUAAAAACCAAAAAGGAGCUGGAGGAAGAGGAGCGGGAGCGUAUGCAAGUACUGGUGUCCAACUUUACGGAAGAGCAGCUUGACCGCUAUGAAAUGUAUAGACGCUCGGCGUUUCCCAAGGCGGCUGUGAAGCGACUAAUGCAAACCAUAACUGGUUGCUCGGUGUCACAGAACGUGGUAAUAGCCAUGUCUGGCAUAGCAAAAGUGUUUGUGGGCGAGGUGGUGGAGGAGGCUCUCGAUGUAAUGGAAACGCAAGGUGAAUCAGGUGCACUGCAGCCCAAGUUUAUACGCGAAGCUGUGCGCAAACUAAGAAGCAAAGGACGUAUGCCCAUAGGACGUUUCCAACCUCCUUAUUUUAGAUUAAACUAAUUUAGAGUUAGCUAGGCUUAAGUAGACAUUUUUAAAAAUAAA